GUGUUUCCGCAACCAGCCGGUAGAUGUCAGUAAAGAGCAACCAAACAGGACGAGGCGCAGGACGAAAGUUUAACGCAGUUUAACGCAGUUUCCCCGCCGUGUCCGCUGCCCUGCCGGUGAGCGCCGCUCAGUCUAAUAACGCCUUCAAAAAAAAAGGCGUCCCGUUACCAUGAGGACCGAAGAGAACAGAGUAAACAAAGCUGGAAGUGGCAGGAAUACAAGGAACGCUGCACAUGACUCAGGUAAACAAUCGGGACUGCACUUUGUGUUGUAUUCUGCAGAAAAACUACAUUUUUGCUUCAUUUAAAAAAAAAAAAAAAUAUUCCAGUAAUUAAAGUUAAAAUUUUAAUGCAGCUCCGAGUUAGUAAAUUGUACGGUGUAAUUUUUACUUACUCAGUUAUCUCAGAAUUUAACCGCUGCGCAUGGUGAACAGAUGCUAAGAAUGACACCUCAUCCGGUUUUUCUCAACCGAACAUGGAACAACAGCGAGGAAGUCCCACCUCCUUAGUCGCGAAAUCCUCGUGUCCCUAUUCAAAACCGCUGUUAUGAUUGGUGCGCUCGGGUGCCAAUCUAUGUGGAAAACUAGCUUUAAAUUUGUCUUUAGGCACGUGAGUUAGUGAGGUGAUGUUGAUUUUGCGCUACUUAAUGUGUUUGUUUGACGUUAGUGAUUUUUUUAAAAGAAUUUUUUAAAUUUAAAAACAAAAGGUUUUUGCCUUUAAUGUCCUUUUAAAAUUUGAGGAAUAUUUAUGUGCGUUCCGCACGGUAUAUCUAGGCAGGGUUUGCAGACGAGAGAGAGAGGGGUACCUGUGCUGUGGGCUAGCCGCCUCGGCUAACAAGCUUAGCUACUAAUUAAUUAAAAACGCGAAGUAAGAAACACGUAAGUGGAGCGGAGACACCGGGGACACUGGAGAGCCGAUGGACAACAUAGAGGAGGAGACAGUGCAGCUGCACGGGGACGAGGAAAUCAUCGAAGUUAUCGACUUGAACGAAACAGAGCACACGCCAGACGACCUGGCCGGGGAGUUUGAAGAUGUGGACUUUGGCGAGGCUGGUGGCGGAGAGGACGAAAACGAAGGAUGGGAGACGGAGGACGAGGACAUGGAGGCGGCCCAGGAUGACAGCGAACUCACUUUUUCCAAACACACGGGCUCUGUUUUCUGCGUGAAUGUGGACCCAACAACAAAUAGUUUGGCUGUGACUGGUGGAGAGGAUGACAAAGCCUAUGUGUGGAGAGUCAGCGAUGGAGAGGUGGUCUUUGAGUGCACAGGUCACAAGGACUCGGUGACCUGUGCUCUGUUCAGUCAUGACUCAAAGCUUGUAGCCACUGGGGACAUGAGUGGUCUGAUCAAGGUGUGGAAGGUGGAGACUAAGGAAGAGGUCUGGUCCUUUGAGGUGGGGGACCUUGAGUGGAUGGAGUGGCACCCCUGUGUACCCGUGCUGCUUGCGGGCACUGCAGAUGGCAACGUGUGGAUGUGGAAGAUACCAGGUGGGGACUGUAAGACCUUCCAGGGGCCUGGUUGCCAGGCGACAUGCGGGAAGAUCUUGCCAGAUGGUAAGAGAGUGGCGGUUGGUUAUGAAGAUGGGACAGUUCGGCUCUGGGACCUCAAACAGGGCAGCACCAUCCACGUCAUUAAAGGUCAGGAUGGUCACCAGGGGGCGCUGACUUGUAUGGCGUGCAACAAAGAUGGCAGUCUGGUGCUGACUGGGUCGGUGGACAGCCAAGCCAAGCUCAUCAACACAGCCACUGGAAAGGUUGUGGGGGUGUUCUCUGAGGAUGGCCAGGGGAAGAACUCCAAGGAGGAUGAGGCCGAGUCCAACUCUGUAGAAUCUGUGGGAUUCUGCAACGUGCUUCCCUUCAUUGCUGUGGCAUACCUGGAUGGGACUUUGGCCAUCUAUGACCUGUCCGCUCAGAGCUUGAGGCAUAGGUGUCAGCAUGAGGCUGGAAUUGUGCAGCUGCAGUGGGAGGAGGGAUCAUCCAUGGUGUCCACCUGCAGUCUGGACGGAGCUGUCAGGCUGUGGGACGCCCGUUCGGGGAACGUGGUGUCUGAGUACCGGGGACACACUGCUGAAAUUCUUGACUUCACGCUCAACAGGGAGGCCUCCUUGGCAGUCACCGCAUCUGGAGAUCAUCAGGCCAAAGUUUUCUGUCUGCAGAGACCUGACCGGUAGAACAGGAAGAAGUGUGGUUGCCGUAGCUUGGGUCCUCCACGCAACCACUAGCUACAGCGCUGCUGUCAUCUGUUUUAUUAUGACGUUUUACCUCUACAAUGAGACACGUUCCCUUUGUUUGGUUAGUGAUUUGUAGUUCAGUGAUGAGUCCCAGGUUUCGGUUUGACCAAGUGUCUCCUUCCGCUUGAGAAGGGGAACCAUAAUCAGUAAUUGUACCAUUUGCAACCACUUCAAGUAAAGAAAAAAAAAAAUAAAAUAAAAUUGGAAGGAAAUAUGGUAAACUGAA